AUGGUUGUCAACCACGAGGAAGACCAUCUUGUUGGCACGGAGAACCGACAAAUAUCUAAAAAGCUCCUUAUCUUGACAGCAUGCGCGAUGUUUGUGUUGGCCGCGGACUUCGGAUUCUACUGUGCGGUGGCGCCUCAGACAGCCGUUUUCGAAGAUAUCAUCUGCCGCAACUUCCAGGUCGGUGCCUUCAAUAACAAUACUAAUCAUACGAAUAAUAAUGAUAAUGCCACGGACUCCAUCCCUGAUGGCAAUCCCUGCAAAUCUGAGGCUGUGCAGGGUGAACUGGCCUUGGUGCUGGGAUACAAGGAUAUGUUCGAUAUGCUGCCUGGUCUCGUGUUUUCGCUCCCUUAUGGAGUACUAUCUGACCACUGGGGACGGAGACCCGUCCUGUAUCUGGGUGUAGUGGGUAUCCUGCUGGCAGACAUCUGGAUCCGGAUUGUUUGCUUCUGGUCCAAUGUCAUCCCUCUUCGCAUGGUCUGGCUAUCAGGUCUCUGGCGGGUCAUCGGUGGCGGCGACCAAGUUGUCACGUCAAUGGCCCUGGUCAUGGUUGCGGACAUCUUUUCAGAAGAAGAAAGAUCAACGGCCCUGUUCCGUCUCCAAUCCUGCGCGACCCUCGCAGAGAUCCUGGCCACCCCCGUCAGCGCCUACCUGAUGACCUUCGACCCGUGGGCGCCUUAUUUGAUUGGGAUAUGCAUGGUGGCCCUGGGCGGCAUUGCGUCGCUGUUUCUGCCGGAAACCCUCGAAGAUGCCAAAGCCAAGCAAGCACAGCCAGACGCACCAGAAAGCAACGAGAGCGAGCAUGAUCUGCUGCACCAGGCCCACGAGUUCAAGCAAUCCACCCAGUUUAUCUGGAGAGACUGGAAUAUGUGCUUGAUGGUUGUGGUGCUGUUUGUCACGGUGUUGAGCAAGCAGUCGACAAAUGUGCUGCUGCAGUAUGUCUCGAAGCGGUUUGACUGGAGCCUUGCCCGGGCCAGUCUUCUGAUCUCACUGCGCGGGUCCUUCACACUCGCCAACUACCUCAUCCUGAUGCCAGCACUAUCAUUCCUCGCCGCGCGAUACCUCGGGCUCCACGGCAAAUGGCGAGACUACCGCCUAACACAAGGCAGCGGCGCACUCUCAGCAAUGGGAUUCGCAGCCAUGUCCCUCGCACCCGCGCCAGCCGUACUGAUCGGCGGACUAGUGAUAUUGUCGCUAGGCGCAGCCUUCCUAGUCACAGCACGCAGUCUCGCCACAAGUCUCGUCCGGCCCGACCAAGUCGGCACCUUAUACUCGGCGAUUGCCAUCGCGCAGGCUGCGGGGAUGCUGGUAGCGGGCCCGUUGUUCGCCAACCUGUUCCGGCUGGGAAUGCACAUGGGCAGCGUGUGGAUGGGGCUGCCGUUUCUACAGGCGGCUGCGUUCUAUGCGGCUGCGACUGUGGCCAUUUGGUGGAUUCGAUUGGGGUCAGUGAGGAGCGGCGAAGAGGAGUGGGAGAUACAGCCUCUGCUUGCGGGGUGA